UUUUUUAUCAAAGAGAAGAAAAAAGAUAUUAAUUUUACAGAAAUAUAUUAUAUUCUCACCCAAGCAACCGUGAAAAGACAAAACGUACACAUGAUAAAAGAACGAUCCACUUAUGUGAUUGAUUACAUAUCUAUAUAGUUUGUAUAAUUAUAUAAAACAUAAAUCGUGUUGUGACAGAACAUCUAAGAUAAUAAUUACGACACCAAUAAAAAUAAAAAUUAAGACCUCACUUACUCAUUGCAAAUGCUCCGGCGCAUAAAUCGCUUCUCUCAUGUGCUCUCUCUCUCUUCUUCGUGUAUAUAUACACUCCAUAUUAACCCUCACCAUCUCAUGUCUCUUUAUCUUAUAUUGUAGACAUUGACAUAUAUCAAUGGGGAAUUGCCUAAGACACGACAAUGGCGUUGCCAGAAAAGAGAAAGACGAUCUCGAUCCGGAGCCGCUGGUAAAGUUAUUGGAAGAAGGUAAAACGAGUUUCCGUGGGGAAGAAGAAAGUGAAAGAUCAACGGAAGAAGAAUCUAAAGUGGUAAGGAUAAAAGUUGUGGUGACAAAGAAAGAACUUAGACAGAUCUUGGGUCACAAGAAUGGUAUAAACUCCAUUCAACAGUUAGUUCAUGUUCUCAAAGAUAGUGGCAGAAACAUCUCCAUGGCUAGUUAUGAAGAAGAUGAGAAAGAGGAAGGUGAUGAAAAUUGGAGGCCUACGUUAGAAAGCAUUCCUGAGAGUCAUUAUUGAUAUUAAUCAUAUAUUUAUAACUAAUAAUCCAUCUACAGUACCUUUUGACUUUUUCCAAGAUGACUGUUUGUUUUGUUGUCUAUGAUUGCUCCUUUUUAACCAAUGCUAUCACAUUAACAUUGGUGUUUUUUUUUUAAUUACUUUUUUUUUUUUGUUCUCGUUUGUUGUUUCCAUCAUGUUUGGUGCUUUGUGUUUUUGUUAGAGCGCUAACCAACCAUUAUAUGUCAUUAUGUGUCUUGUUCUAUCACCCAUAAAUAAAUUACUUGUGGCAUUUCUUAAA